AUUGAAACAAAAAUUGGAUAUUUAUUUUGACAGAAACGCUUCGAAGUACACACGCAGUAAAAUAUAAAACGAGAUAAUAAAGUAAAACAUGUGGUUUUGGAAUAAGAUACUUUCUUUUUUAGGCCUUUUUUACUAUUGGCAACUUUGUCACGCUGAUUCUGCGCUAAAACUUCCAAGCCAAGAAGAUUUUAUAGCUGAAGUUUUAAAUAUAACUGUUGACAAAUUACAAGAAAUUGCUCGUAACUUUAAAUUCACAGUGGACGAAUCAAUUGGAUCAAAUAUUAAGCUAAUUCAAUUUAAAGGAGAUACUAAUAUAUCAACUUCACUUAAUGAAAAGGGAGAUAUAGAAAUUGAUGCGUCUGAGCAAAUUGUUAUUAUUAUACAUGGUUACCAAUCAGCAGGUACUGCAGAUUGGGUAAAAAGUAUGGCAGCGUUAUAUCAAGAGAAUGGUGUGAGAAAUGUUUUGGCCGUUGAUUGGUCCGAAUAUGCAGGAAAAGGCUAUUUACUUGCUGCUGGUAUAACCAGAGAAGUUGGAAGAUUAAUUGCCAAGUGGUUUUAUAAAAACGUUUUACAGGAAAAUCCAUCUGGUACACGUAAUAUGCAAUUAGUAGGACAUUCGUUAGGUGGCCAUGUAUCUGGAUUCAUGGCAAAGAAGCUAUUUGGAUUAGUAAAGAAAAAGAUACAAAGAAUUUCUGGUUUAGAUGUAGCUGCACCACUUUUUGAGUUCCCAAUCAAAAGGCCAGAUGAAAACCGAUUGAGCAAAUCAGAUGCAAAACAAGUUGAUGUUUAUCAUUCAAACAAAGGCUUUUUUGGUUUUCUAACAAGAUUUGGCCAACAAGAUUUUUACAUAAAUAAAGGAGGUCCUAUUCAACCAGGAUGCAAUAUGGGUAUUAAUGUUAUUAGUUCGCUUCAAUGUAGCCACAGUUAUUCGCAUCUAUUCUUCACCCAAACAAUUAACUCUACAAACCAUGUAGCAACACUAUGUGACAAUACGGUUUUGCUAGAUUUAGGGAAAUGCGACGAUAAUUUUAAAGUUAUCUCCGGACAGAAUACUAACUCUAGCAGUGUUGCUGGUAUUUUUUAUGGAAGUGCAGAUGAAAAUGGAUUGACUGCAAGUAAUUAAUGAACCAAGUUAUUUUAUUAAGUUGCUUGUACUGCAUAUCUUGUUAAGAAACUGUAAAAUAAUAAAGAUUUAUGUUGCAAGAAAUAA